AUGGGCAGCUGCUUCUCGAAACCCAAGGACGAGGAGACCAAGCGGAGCAGGCAGAUUGACAAGGCGCUCCAGGAGGACGAGAAGCGUCUCGCGCGCGAAGUCAAGAUCCUCUUGCUGGGGGCUGGAGCGUCCGGGAAGUCGACGGUGCUGAAGCAAAUGCGACUUGUCCACAAGAAGCCAUUCAGUCCAGAGGAGGUGGAGGACUACAGGAAGAUAGUGUUCUCGAAUUUGGUAACUGGAAUGCGGCUUAUCAUUGACACCAUGGAUGAGCUCGGUAUGAGUGUCAGUGAAGAGAACCGGCAGCAUGUCAGUCUUGUCGACAACGAGCCGCCUAUCAACACGGGAGAGCCGUUCCCGCUCGAGUACAAGCCAGCACUCGAGGCACUGUGGAAGGAUGAAGGAGUGCAGGGAUGCUGGGCGAAAGCGUACGAGUACGCACUCCAGGAGAACAUGCCAUACUUCUAUGCCGACCUGGAUCGCCUGUUCGACCCGGGAUACACCCCGACGUCCGACGACAUUCUACGCGUGCGCUCGAAAACGACAGGUAUCACGGAGACGCGGUUUGAGAUCUCGGGCUUGAUCUUCCGAAUGUUCGACGUGGGAGGCCAGCGUUCGGAGCGGCGAAAGUGGGCGAGUUGUUUCGAAUCUGUUACCAGCAUCAUCUUCCUUGCGAGUCUGAGCGACUACAACAGCUGCAUUAUCGAGGACAAGAACUCGAACGGCAUGGUCGAGGCGCUCAUCCUGUGGCAGUCGAUCAUUAACUCACCAUGGUUCGCGAAAGCAUCGGCCAUCCUGUUCCUCAACAAAGCAGACCUGCUGGUUGAGAAGCUGAAGGACCCGGACCAGCAGAUCGCGGCGACGUUUGACGACUUUCCGGGCAAGCCCGGGUCGUACAACGACGCGAUCAACUUCUUCAAGAUGAAGUUCCGGGACUUGAAGACGGACAACCAAAAGGAGCUUGUCACGACCGCAACCGACACGAGCCAGCUGUCAGUCGCCAUGGCCGCUGUCACCGACACUAUCGGUAAGCUGCGGGAGAGGUAA